AUGAACAUGCGAUGCCACAGAAAGGGGACCAUUAUGCCCAUCGUGCUGCUUUUAACAACAAUAGCUAAUGCAUCUGAUAUUCCAUCCUGCGCAGUAGAUUGCAUGGCCAUUGGAAUCGGAAAUUCGCCUUGCACUUUGACCAAUACCACCUGUAUCUUCGCAGAUGCCUCGCUGCAAGCCAAUUUGACAGCUUGUGUGCAAAUGACCUGCACCGUCAAGGAUAGUCUAACUACGGCAAACGCUACAAGUACCAUGUGCCAUAGCCCAAUCCGCAACAAGACCAAUGUCAUCAUCAGCAGAAAUUCGGUAUUUGGGGGGUUAGCAAUAGUUGCAACCUUUAUUCGAAGUCUGGAGUUCCGCAAGCAUUUUGGUCUAGAAGACAUCUUUGUGAUAUUUGGACUAGUUUUUAGUGCUAGGAUGGGUAUAUUGGAAUUUUUCAUGGUUGAUGCCGGUUAUGGAAGAGAUAUCUGGACAAUAUCUUUCUCAGAUAUUACCCUUAUCCUGAAGUACAAUAGGGUCGUCGAGAUGCUCUACAUUGGCGCGAUUACCUCGGUCAAGAUGGCCUUCCUCAAUCUCUAUCUCAAUAUUUUCCCGAAUUUCGGCCUUCGAAAUGCGAUAUACAGCGUGAUGAGAAUAGUGGUCGCUUAUUUUUUCGCCUUUUUCUUCGGAGUUUGUUUCAACUGUUUACCUGUGUCUUACAUCUGGACCUCCUGGACAGGUGAAACAAAGGGUAUUUGUCUCAAUUUCAAUGCCUUUGGGAUUGCGUGCGCAGUGAUCAAUAUCGUUCUUGAUAUGACCGUCAUGGCCUUAUCUCUCCAUGAGAUCAUGAAGCUGAAACUUAGACCAACGAAGAAGGUUUGA